AUGGCAGAUGAACAGCAAGCAUAUUUUCGCAAAACGCUUGAAGAGAGCCAAAAAGAAAUAAGUGACCACGAUUCAGUAGUUGGUGACGAGGCUUUAGAUGAAUGUGUAGGUGAUAUUGGUGGUGAUGACUCAGACUUAGAAGAGCCCAUGUUACCAGAAUAUGACCCAGAGGACGACAGUGAUUCUGAUGAAGAACUUGAAGAUGCACCAAUUGAAACUGGGGAAUAUUUUACUGCCAGAGAUGGUAAUGUUUGGUCUUCGAUACAACCACAACCUGUAAGAUUCCGUACGCACAACAUUCUAAGAAGUGCACAAUCUGGACCAGUACGGGCAACGCAAGGUUUGACCAUUUCAGAAACGUUCAAAUUGAUAAUGUCAGACGAAAUAUGCGACAUAAUUAUUCGUGAAUCAAAUCGAAAGGCAAGGCAAUUCUUUGAUGAUGACAAUGCAAAACAUCCAACAAGAGAACCGAGAUCAUGGAUUCCCAUAACAGAAAGUGAAUUUGAUGCAUAUUUGGGCGUACUUUUGCUAAGCGGCGUUACACAUUCUGGUUACGUGCAUACGAAAGAUUUGUGGAAUACUAAAUCACAUCCAUUAUAUCGUGCUGCAAUGAGUGUACGACGAUUUUGGGAAAUUAGCCGCUUCAUUCGUUUUGAUAAUGGAAACACACUCCAGCAACGCAAACAAACAAACAGUUGUCUUCGUAGAUAUUACGUGGCAGGAGCCAACGUCACCGUAGAUGAACAAUUGUAUGCUUAUCGUGGUGGAACUGGCUUCACGCAAUACAUACCAUCAAAACCUGCCAAAUAUGGGAUAAAAGUGUGGUGGGUGUGCGACUCCAUUUCGUCCUAUCCAUUGCAGGGACAAAUCUAUACAGGAAUGGCACCUUCUGGUGACCGCGAAAGAAACAUUGGUCAAAGAUUUAUGUAUCAACCUUUUUGAUGGAAGUGGAAGAAAUAUUGUAUGUGACAACUUUUUCACUAGCAACAAAUUGGCAAAAUCUUUGAUGAUAGACAAUAAUUUAUCUAUAUUGGGUACUUGCAACAAAAGGCGUACAUUCGUGCCAGCAGCAUUUGCCAACCCCAAGGGACG